GACUGAAAGUAAUGUCCUGACUUGAAUCUGACCACUGGUCGUUUCCAAUGCUUGGCGCCAUUUCCAGUAAAAUGUGAUUAAAAAACAUUACUGUACUAUACUUUGAGAGAUUGCUGUCAUAUUUUCUAACAUAAAUCUGCCUAGGGAACAAAAUUGUGUGCUUACUGUAGAAGAAGAGCCCGCAGGCCUCUUGUUUCUGGCUCGUUGUUUGCGGUGUUUGGGGAUUAGUGGAAUGGGAAGUGCGGAGCUCCGACACAGGAUGUGGAGUCACUGCUGGAUUGCAUCGCCUCCCCCCUCUUUUUAUGAUUCUGACAUAGAGAGAGAAGCCUGGCGUGCAGCUGCAGGAUCCCCCCAUCUGAAGAGAUCGAAGUACGCUACGGAUCGCGCAUUUUUCGGCGUCUUUAGUUUGGGGAAACAUAUAAUCCGGGUAUAACGUUUCAGGCGAUGACCCGUCUCUGGACCCUUGUGUCAGCGUUGCUGCUGCUUUUGCGAGUGACUGGAGUUGUGAGUAACCGUGAAGAAAAUGAUAAUGAAGUCCUCAAACAACUGGAGACCAAACUCAACAGGAGCCAGAAUCCAGAAAUUGAGAAUGCAAUUAGAAAUAUUACAGAAGUGAUGGAGAGUCGUACAGCAACCACACCUCCAACGAUUAUGACGUCUCGGCCGAGCCCCACUCGUGCUCGGUGUCCAGGAAACCAGGUGACGCAGGUGGGCAGCACUGCUUGCGGCUGUCCGUCCGGGACAGUGCAGAGCGGUGACAGCUGUACUUGCCCUGUAGGAUUCGCUCUGCACGGAACAGCCGAGUGUAAAGAUGUUAAUGAGUGUGAAGGACCCGGGCCAUGUGGUCCCCAUGCCAGCUGCACUAAUACCCCCGGCUCAUUCUCAUGUUCCUGUCUCCGUGGCUACCUGAUGGGUCCUGGAGGGUGCCAGGACAUAGAUGAAUGUGCUCUGGCUGCGGUCACGGGCUUGCAGGCCUGUCAGGAAGGGGCUGAAUGUACAAACACCCCUGGUUCCUUCACCUGCUCGUGCCCAGUGGGAUAUGUAAGGGCUUUGAAUGGACAAGGCUGUGUAGAUGUGGAUGAGUGCAGCUUUGAGGAGCUGUGUCGCCGUGAACUGGGAAACAUAUGUGUGAACACUCCCGGCAGCUUUCUGUGCCAGUGCCAGCAGGGCUUUAGAGCCGAGGCCCCUGCCUGUGUUGAUGUGGAUGAGUGUAUGGAGAGUCCCGAGUUGUGCGAAGGUCAGGGUGUGUGUGAGAACACGCUCGGGAGCUACAAGUGUAUUUGUAGACCCGGUUACCAGGGAAACGGCACACACUGCGAAGAUGAGAACGAGUGCGCAUCAGGCAUUCACAGGUGUGACACCAACGCUCGGUGUGGCAACAUCAUCGGUUCGUACUUCUGCCAGUGUUACCAGGGUUUUAAUGGAGAUGGGCAUGCUUGCUUUGAUGUUGACGAGUGCCUUCUCAACAAUGGGCACUGUGAACACAACUGCACCAAUGAAUUAGGAACGCACAGCUGUCAGUGUGCUGCAGGCUACCAGCUGGACCAGGGUGGACAUAACUGCACAGAUGUGGAUGAGUGUUCAGCUCCAAAUGGGACCUGUCAGCACAUUUGCGUCAACACUAUAGGCUCUUUCCGGUGCUCCUGUAAACCGGGCUACCAGCUGCACAUUGAUGGCCGCACCUGCGUAGACGUCGACGAAUGCAAACUGCAGAAUGGCGGAUGCUCUCACGCCUGUACCAACUCUCCUGGGGGAUUCACCUGCCACUGCCCGCGUCCUCUGUUGUUGGAUACAGACAACCUCUCUUGCGCUAAUGCUACCUCUUGUCUGCUAAGAAAUGGAGGCUGCAACCACGUAUGUUCCCUAAGAGCUGAGGGCGACAUCCAGUGUAGCUGUCGCGCAGGUUGGAAGCUGGGAGACGACCUCAAGAGCUGCAUUGACGCGAACGAGUGCGGGGACUUUACAAACGGAGGCUGUGAGCAGCUCUGUGUGAACCACCCCGGGGGGUUUAACUGCACCUGCAAGGAGGGGUACGAGGUCCGAGCUGAUAACCCCGCCAGGUGUCAGCCUGUGUGCGACCCACCAUGUCAGAACUACGGAGUGUGUGUGGGGCCAAACGGCUGCGACUGUCCUCCAGGCUACCCUGGUGUGGGAUGCUCAGCCAUUUGCUCUCCCCCCUGUGCCCAUGGAGGAACCUGCAUGCGCUGGAACAUGUGUUUGUGUCCUUCUGGGUGGACAGGAGAAGGCUGCCACACAGCUGUGUGCGAGCUGCCGUGUGCAAACGGCGGUCGCUGUGUCGGCCCCGAUACCUGCCAGUGUUCCUCUGAUUACACGGGCCCCCAGUGCCUGUUGCCACUGUGCACUCCAGCCUGUCAGAAUGGGGGCAGAUGUGUGGAUGUUAACAAAUGCACGUGUGUUGCUGGAUGGCAAGGAGCUCGAUGCCAGAUUGAGCCCAUCCAGUGUCAAAAGCCCUGCAGGAACGGAGGUGUGUGUGUGGGCCUUAACCGAUGCCGCUGCGCCAAAGGAUUCACCGGCAGUCUCUGUGACACAGCUGUAACAACACGAUGUGUCCCACCUUGUCAACAUGGAGCCACCUGCAGCCCACACAACACCUGCACCUGUCCAGAAGGCACCGCAGGCCUGCGCUGUGAGAGACUGACGUGUCCUGUGGUCACCAUGGUGGUCAGUACAGCUCGUGCUGUGAGGAAAGCUGUCAGGGAGAGCUACGUUGACCGCUGUGGACCCCUGGGAGUUCAGCUUUGCACUAAAUACAGGAUGAACCAGGCUCGUGUGUACCUGCAGGCCUACAGGGUUGGCUACAAAAUCCAGUGUCCUGUGACGAAGAACACAUGAGCUGUGCAGGAUACAGUAAAAGAUGCACAACAUCUGCAGCAAAAAGUAUGUUGGGGGGCGGGGGGGAAACCCCACCUGAACUGAAUUCAGACAAUCUCAGAACUGGGAACAGCUGUGGGAGCCGCUCAGGGUUUUAGCUUCACUGCUGAAAUAAAAGAGUCGCAUCUGAUGGAAAUGCUGCUCUUUCAUGUCACUUUGGUUGAUUAAGAGACAUAUAAGUAAAUCUACAUUUAAAUAAAUAAAUAAACAAUCAUGACUUUCUUAAAAUGUGAAACGGGCUGUCAGUUCAUCAUUUUUAAUGAUUUGCUUUCAAAUGGCAGUAAAUUUGUAAAUAUUUUCAGUAAAUUCCAACUGUCAGUAUGCAGGUGGAAAUCAGUUGUCAGCUUCAAACCCGCGCUCACUUACACUUUAUAUUCAGUCGCAGAUUUUAAAAUAGACAUAUAAAGGAUUUGCUCUUAGUUGUUAGUGGUUACUUAGCAACUGCGAGAAGUUUUUUUUUUCAUCAACUCAAAAAUUCAUUCACAACUCCUGGGCAACUCAAAGAAUUUACUCAAGCUUUUGUGUGAUGCCAAGCAAAGCCUCCUUAUCAGGCUGUGAGGGUCCAAUCUCCCCUGAAUGCAGCAGGCUCUCCUGUCUCCCACCAAGAAGCUGCCACACAGAGUCGCUUGAUUGCACAGGAUGUGGGGAAAACUGGCACUCAGCUGUUGCGAGGAAUUAUUGGCAGAUGAGACGGCGUCAGCUCUGUAUGCUUAUAGUUUAAAAAACAAACAAACUGCAAAACAGAUCAUUGCAUCUUUUUUAUUAUGUGAUUUUAUAUCAUGUCGCUUUGUUUGCAGCUUUAGUCCACUGCAUUCUCUUAGCAGACAUGAAAAAGGUGAAGUGCUGCAUCAAGGUGUAUUAAUUAUAGAGGUUACAAAGCACAUCAGGGCAAAGCUAGAAAGCUGCAGUGAUAUAAUUAUGUGUCUUCCAAUUACCAAAAAACAUUCAAAUGAUACCUACGAUAUUUGGGGAAAUACUCUGCAAACUGUUGACUUGAGACAGUUUGAGCUUUUAGCAGCUGUGCAACCCAUUUAAUCUUUAAAGAUUAUCAUUGCAACAGUCAAUAAAGUGUUGAUAGUGUGAAAGUCUGAGGCUGCUUUAAUAAUUAACUCGGUCUACUUAAUAAGCUGUGAAGCAAGAGAGUGAUUCAAAGAACACCAACCAAUUCCUCAUCUGAACAGAUUCCAAAAGAAGAAAAAAACAUAAAUAAGGGUUUUGGAGUGGCCUAGUCAAAGGCCACGCUUAAAAACAUUGAGUUAAAUUUAAUUCUGCAAUGUAGGGUGACCUGAUGUAAAAGUCUGAUUGUAAUAAGUUAUUGCCUGGUGGCUGUUGCCAUCAAGGGGUUCACAACCAGCUAUUAAGCUUGUAGGAAGCAUAGAGCCGGGUUCAUUAGGGCAGCCUUUUCCCCUUAAUCAGUAAAAUUGUGAUUUACAGCCCUGCAUAAACUGACUGAAAUCAUCUAUGCUUAAAAAAAUGCCUCUUUUUGAAAAAGCCCCAUUAAAGAUUGCCUUCAUUGUCA